AUGAACGGCGGCGCCACCGACAAGACCCUCCAGCCGGCGGCGGCGGGGGUGGACGAGGAGCGCUACGCCACGGUGUCCUUGGCGCCGCCGAAGCGGCCGGCGGGGAGAACCAAGUUCACGGAGACUCGCCACCCAGUGUACAAGGGUGUGCGGCGGCGCAGCGGCGGCAAGUGGGUCUGCGAGGUGCGGGAGCCGAGGAAGAAGUCGCGCAUCUGGCUGGGUACCUUCCCCACGGCGGAGAUGGCGGCGCGCGCUCACGAUGUAGCGGCGAUGGCCCUUCGCGGCCGCUCCGCCUGCCUGAACUUCGCCGACUCCGCUUGGCGGCUCCCCGCCCUCCCCACAUCGGCCUCCGCCGCGGACAUCCGCCAGGCCGCCGCCCUCGCCGUCGAGGCCUUCCGCCCCCCGGAGGAGGAGGACGGCGCCGCCCAAGCAGAGACGGUUGCGGCGGCGGCCCCGGCAGCGACGGCGGAGGCGGCGGAGUAUUCUGCGGAUUUUGGAGUUCUGGGGAGCUCGAGGAUGCCUUCGCCGCCGGAUAUCCAGCUGUGGGCCCAGGACGGGACCCACUGGGACGACGUGGAGAUCGUCGAGUCCGACGUGUCCCUCUGGAGUUUUUCCAUCUGA